GAAAUCAGCUUCGUGGCCAACAUUGGCUUGUCAGACAGACAGAUGUCUUAACUUUUGGUUUCUCUAUCUACAGUUCUUGGUGCAGAGGUUUGAAAUCGCCAAGUACUGCAGUUCGGAUCAGGUGGAGAUUUUUGCCAGCUUACUCCAGCGUUCCCUGUCUUUGAAUAUCGGCGGAUCGAAGGGGAGCAUGAAUCGCCACGUGGCGGCCAUCGGACCCCGUUUUAAGCUCUUAACGCUGGGGCUGUCUCUGCUGCAUGCCGAUGUCAUCCCAAACGCAACAAUUCGCAACGUCUUAAGAGAAAAAAUCUAUUCCACGGCUUUUGAUUACUUCAGCUCCGCCCCCAAGUGUCCAACUCAAGGAGAGAAGCGGCUGCGCGAGGACAUCAUCAUCCUCAUCAAGUUUUGGACUGCAAUGUUCUCCGACAAGAAAUAUUUAACCGCCAGCCAGCUUGUGCCUCCAGAUAACCAAGACACCCGGAGCAAUCUUGACAUCACAGUGGGUUCCCGCCAGCAAGCCACCCAGGGAUGGAUCAACACUUACCCUUUAUCCAGCGGCAUGUCAACCAUCUCCAAAAAAUCAGGCAUGUCCAAGAAGACGAAUCGAGGCACUCAGCUCCACAAAUACUACAUGAAGAGGAGAACGCUGCUGCUCUCACUUCUGCGAGGCCUCGAUUUUACAGGCUACAGGUAG